AUGGGAGAGUCCCUGCCAGAGUUUGAGACAGUGGGCAGAGUAGCUGUUAGGAGGAGGAGGAAAUCACGCACUUUCUCCCUGGCCAGACCCGGGGCAGUGAGGGGAUCUUCCUUUGGAAAGUUGCAGGAAUUGAAACAUGCUUUAAACUGCCACAGGAUGAAGCCAGCCCUCUUUAAUGUCUUGUGUGAAAUCAAAGAAAAAACAGUGCUGAGCAUCCGGGGAGCGCAGGAAGAGGAGCCCACGGACCCCCAGCUGAUGCGGUUAGACAACAUGCUCCUGGCCGAGGGGGUAGCGGGCCCUGAAAAAGGAGGUGGCUCAGCUGCUGCUGCUGCCGCUGCCGCCGCAUCGGGAGGAGCCGGCUCUGACAACUCGGUGGAGCAUUCUGACUACAGAGCCAAACUCUCCCAGAUCCGGCAGAUCUACCACACAGAGCUGGAGAAGUACGAGCAGGCAUGCAACGAAUUCACCACCCACGUGAUGAACCUGCUGCGUGAGCAGAGCCGGACCCGACCUAUCUCGCCAAAGGAGAUAGAGCGGAUGGUGAGCAUCAUCCACCGCAAGUUCAGCUCCAUCCAGAUGCAGUUGAAGCAAAGCACGUGUGAAGCCGUCAUGAUCUUGCGCUCCCGAUUUCUGGACGCACGGCGGAAGAGACGAAACUUCAACAAGCAGGCUACGGAAAUCCUGAAUGAAUAUUUCUAUUCCCAUCUCAGCAACCCUUACCCCAGUGAGGAAGCCAAAGAAGAGCUAGCCAAGAAAUGCGGCAUCACAGUCUCACAGGUAUCAAACUGGUUUGGAAAUAAGAGAAUCCGGUACAAGAAGAACAUAGGUAAAUUUCAAGAGGAAGCCAAUAUUUAUGCUGCCAAAACGGCUGUCACGGCUACCAAUGUGUCAGCCCAUGGAAGCCAGGCUAACUCACCCUCAACUCCCAAUUCAGCUGGUUUUUCCAGUUCUUUUAACAUGUCAAACUCUGGAGAUUUGUUCAUGAGCGUGCAGUCUCUCAAUGGGGAUUCUUACCAAGGGGCCCAGGUUGGAGCCAACGUGCAGUCACAGGUGGAUACCCUUCGCCAUGUUAUCAGCCAGACAGGAGGAUACAGUGACGGACUCGCAGCAAGUCAGAUGUAUAGUCCGCAGGGCAUCAGUGCUAAUGGAGGUUGGCAAGACGCUACUACCCCGUCGUCGGUGACCUCCCCCACAGAAGGCCCUGGCAGCGUUCACUCUGAUACCUCCAACUGAUCUCCCAGCAAAUUGCAUCCCUGGCUGAGCCGGCCCCGGCGGGGGCGGGAGGGGAGGGGGCCUCUCCUAACACCGCAGCAGUCAGACUGGAGGUGAACCCAAUCAGCACACACAAGAAGACUCCUUCUCUUCUCUUCUCUUCGUCGGGAUGCUUUUUUCAGCCAAUCUGGACACUUCUUUAUACUCUCUUCCCUUUCUUUUCUGGGUAGAAACCGCUCUCCCCCUCCCUGCCACCGCCACAACACCACUCCCUUCCCCUCACCCCUUCCCACCGAAGGAUGUGUCGACAGGUAGAAGGAUUUAAGGAGGAAAAGCAAAAAUCAACUGCCGCCACACAAAACAACCCCAAAGCAGUGUACGGCCUCACGCUGGGCAUCUUUCUGAGGAGCCACAAACGUACCUCAGUCACGUCUCGCUCCUUUACUAGCAGGCAGCCCCUCUCGCCCCCCCAUCUCUCAUGCUACCUCUCCAUAGGGGAACACCACCGCAGCCCCGCUGCCGCCUUGUCUCCGCUGGCCCUGGCCGCAGCCAGCACAUCGCCUCCCCGUGCCCAGCCCUGCCUUGGUGAGCUGUCCAUCGGGCACUGCCGGUGACGGGGCGGGUAGAUGCAGCCCCCUGUGCACGUAGAAGGAGCCAGCGUGCUCUUCGUCGCUUCCAAAAGGUACUGGCCCAUUCCCAGCCCUGGGGAAACUGCCAGCACUUCCCGGUUCCUGCCCUGCUCCACCGCACAUCCCAAAGCUGGGUGAGCCAUGAAACCCUGCCAUCCUCCCUGCUCGCUGUUGAAGGGGAAGAGAGGAGGGAAGGAAACGAGGCAGAGGUGGACAAGAAAUGGCCAUCGCUGAUAACGAAGGCACUGAGCACCUCCGCGGUGUUGUACAGAAUCAGGUGUAGAUGGUUGAUGGGACCCCAGCAGUUCUCUCACAGCACCUAGGGAGGCCAGCGGUAGAGUUUUUUCUGGCAAGGAGAGUGUCACAGGGUGUUGGCUUGUGUUUUCGGGAGCAUACCAUGCUGCAGAAGAGGAGGAGGUGGGUUCCCCAGUGCAGGCAGGACCCACAGAGGUUGGUGGCACCCGCUGCGUUCCCGAAGCCCUGCCAGGCAGGCAGCAAGGGACAGGCAGCAGGAUCCCAGGGGCUGGAUGCGGUGGGGUGAGCAUGUUGUGUGCUUUUGGUAAUGGUUAAUGCAACAGGUUUGCUUGAGGGUGAAGGCUCUGCAAGAUGGGUGGAUGCCCUGCUUGGGGAUGUCUUUCAACUGAUGCUGCUGGUUUUAUUGGGGGAGUGGCAUUCCCAAGUCACGGGAACACUCGUGGGGUUUCUGGUCCGCUUUUUGGACAAGUGGUGAUGGG